UGGGGUAGGGCGGGGUAGGGUCAGGGUCAAUCCAAAAAGGCCAUGUUCUCCUGUGUCAUUAUUUAUUUGUUUAUUUAUCAAUGUAUUUAUUUAUUUAUUUCCUACUGUUUCUUACAUUAGAAUGAGAAACGCGAGUUGUCGGUUUUAUCUUCGAACCGUGUCCGUUGUUAUUUUUUUUGGGCACGUAGUAGACGACAUAGGGUAGCCUCUGCAAUAAUAGUGUUUGUAUUAAUAUAACCUAUUGAGAUGUUAUCUUUCAACCUUUUUAAACUGACGAACGAACAGUCAUUAGCGUGUUAAGAACAAGUAGUUCGAGUUGGUCUUCGUUGUUGGUUAUGUCAAAGUAGUCGUCCCUUCAGUUAAGUUACGUGUUUGUUACUCGUAGCAUCGCUGUGAAUGCUGUUGCGGUUCUUGAUGAUGCCAAUAAAACGAGUGUCGCAACAAAGCAACUGCGCCGCUCACCCUGCCGCUGCUGCCCGCCCUGCCCGUGCUGCCCGCUCUGCCCGUGCUGCCGCCCAUGCCGCUGCCGGGGCCCGCGGCGGCCAACCCCCUGCAGUGCAACACGUGCGGCGUGGUGCUGUCCUCCACCAGCAACCUCAAGAGGCACUUCAUGACGCACACGGGCGAGCGCCCCUUCCGCUGCCAGGUGUGCGGCGUCACGUACACGCAGUCCAACAACCUCAAGAGGCACUACAUGUUCACCCACGGCGGCCACGGCGGCCAGCAGAGCACCGCCGCCGCCAGCACUGCCUGCCAGGCGUCCAACCUGGGCACUCUGGGCCCCUAGCGUCCUUGUGAUCUCCUCGCUGCACUGUACAAACAUUUCUCUGCGUCGGUGCCCGCUCUGGAUAACGAAAUAAAAUGCUGCUAAUUUUGA